CCUUCAUUACUUUUAUUUUAUAUUUCACUUUAUUACUUUACUUAUGUGGCAACAUGGACAGCGACUUUUUCUGUACCGAGUGUCAGAUUCCAUUCACAGCUCGUAGCUCCUUGUAUCGCCACAUGAGACAAAAACAUGACAAAGAGCCAAGAGCUGUUUAUCCCUAUGCAUGUGCUUUCUGCCUUCAAACUUUUAAAUUUAAAUAUUUAUUAACUCGUCAUGUGAGCCAAGUUCAUAAUAAUAUCCCUAACCCUUCACCUGCCCAAUCUUCUUCGGUAUCUUUUGAAGACAUUACGCACCUUUCCUCCUCCACUAAAACAAAUAUAAAGCAUCCUUCUUUACCCACCUCAUAUACUACUUGUUUGACAUCACCUUACAAUUUACUUUCACCCACAUCAGAUCCUCUUCACAAACAUCCCCACGUAAAUUUAUCGCCGCAUACUUGCACUUCCUCUAUUAAAGUUCAAAUUCACACGCCUCCCAUUCCCAGUUCCCCAAUCAGUACUAAAGAAAAUUUUACAGGUACACCAUCAACAAAAGAGAAACUAAGAUAUCCACUUUCUGCUUGCUCAUCUUUUACCUCUGCUCCUUCCAUAUCAGAUCGUCUUCACAAACAUUCCCACGUAAGUUUAUCGCCACAUCCUUGUACUUCCUCUACUAAAGUUCAAAUUCACACGCCUCCCAUUCCCAGUUCCCCAAUCAGUACUAAGGAAAAUUUUAUAGGUACACCAUCAAGGAAAUCCAGAAUAAAAUGUCCACUCCCUCCCUGCUCCUCUGUUUUUUCUAGGUACACAGGUUUAUACGAUCAUAUUGAGUUUUAUCACAAAACUACAAUUGAUUAUGAACAGUUUGUGUUUCAAAACAUUAAAGUUUUUGAAUUGUGGAAAGCGGACAUAGAGCGGAAGGAGUUUUCGCAUUAUGUAAAAUGCAAUUCAGGAUAUAAAUCAAAAACUGAUGACAAGACAAUUUAUUUCGAUUGCCACAGGUCAUAUACAUAUGACCAAAAACCCACUGUAUGCUUGUUUACUAAAACGAGCAACAAAACCGGAUAUGCUUGCCCAUCAAGGAUUAGUUGUACUAUUAAUCACAAUGGAACAGUUCAUGUUGAAUUUUGGAAGACACAUGUGGGACACAGUCAAGAUAUAAAAUUUAUUUCGUUAGAUAAGAGCCUGAAAGAACAUAUCAAGGAUCAAGUUAUAGCAGGAAUUUCAGAUGACAUAAUCUUGGAAAAUAUUAGAAAUGCAGCAUAUGAAGGACAUUUACCAUUAAGGGCAUCAUUAAUUACCAGGAAAGAUAUACGAAACAUCAAAUGCAAAGCUGUGAUACCAUAUACUACAUAUCUAGACAAGAACGAUAAAACCAGUGUUGAGAAAUGGUUUGAGAACAAUAAAACUAGCAACAUUUACAAAAUUUUAUUUUACAAAAAGCCAGGCCUACAAGAUGAUAUAUUAGAAGAAGACGAUGUUUUAGUGGUUAUAAUGACCACGGUGCAGGCUCAAAUUUUAAACGAAUUUGGUCAUGACAAAAUAUGUAUCGAUGGAACGCAUGGUACCAAUGCAUAUGGAUUCCAUCUGCAUACUUUACUUGUAAUCGAUGAGUUUGGUGCAGGAUAUCCUGUUGAUAUCGUUUAGGCUUCUGAAUUGGUUUGAUUUUAGAAGCAUUUCCCUUUCCAAAAUGCGAUUAUCCAAUCCGGUGUUUGCUGGAAAGAUUCUUGCACAUGCAUGGACAUGCUUACAAAUGUUGGUUCUUAUUAAAUAAUUCACGCAUGUGCAGGUUUUUGAAACUUUAUAAUGUGCAUUAACAUCUUCAGUAGACUGAACUCGCCAUUCUUUAUGUUCUAUUUGUUUUCUUAUAUUACUAGGUACGAUUUUAAAACUUUUUACAUGACUUAUCCUCACUUGUCUCUUAGGUUUCUCUGAUGGAAUGCAUCUCUUUCAACUUUUGAAACACCGUCAAUGGUUCUGGCCAGACGCCU